CGGAACUGAGGGCGCGGAGCCCAGGCGGCGUCCCCGACCUGGGGAAGGGACGAGAGAGCCGCCCCCCGAGCGGAAGGCGAGGACGCCCUGCGGCCGGUGGCCCCGGGUCUGCAGCCCCCGGAUGUGUGAGGUGUUAUAAAUGGUUGAAUAACCACGGAUUAUUUCUGGACCUGACUGGUUUAUAACUUCAGAAGAAACAAUGGGAAGCCAAGAAUUUAUUGUACUGUAUACUCAUCAAAAGGCGAAGAAGUCAAAAGUGUGGCAAGAUGGAAUUUUGAAGAUGGCUCACCUAGGAAACAAAGCAAUUUUAUAUGAUGACAAAGGAGAACGCUUGGAGAGUUUAUUUCUGAAGCGCCUUGAGGUAAAACCUGGAGACAGCUUAGAAAGUGAGCGAUACUUAAUCACAGUGGAGGAGGCUAGAGCUGCUGGAAGCACAGCUGUUGGCCAGGAGGACAUUCAGGAAGCACGAGGGUCCCGUCCACCACGGUCCAUGCCCUGCGGCCGGUCCCUCGGGUGUCAGCCUGCCGGUUUGAAAAGGAAGUUUACUGGUUUUCAAGGACCACGGCAAGUACCAAAGAAAAUGGUUAUUAUGGAAAAUGGCGAAUCAGCCGCGUCACUUGAGGCUGCAGCCCCUGCCCCUGCUCUUCUCGCUCCGUUCUCGAGCACUCCUCCUCUGUUUGCUGCUGCUGGCAGGAAAGAAGUCAGCAGCAUGCCAGCAGACCUCAGGAACAUUGUCGUCUGCAAGGACGGGAGGAGUGGCCUGCCGGUUUCUCCCGUCGGCUCUGCCCCCUCCUCCAGGAGUAACCCCGAGAGGCUGAGGGAGGAGGGUCAUCUUUGCUCUCCUGUCAGUUCUGCAGUCAAGGCCGCCAUUUCUUUACUGCCCGAUGAGCCCACGAGAGGACAUCACUGGGCACCUCGCUGUUUAGGAGACACACAAAACAUCAGGAGCAAAGCACAGAUCCUGGCUCUGCUGAAGUCCACGCCAGCCAGUGUGUCUGAGGAAGUGGACGCUGAGAUGUCAGCACGUGUCCCUCGAGCACAACCACAAGGAAGCUUACACAUUACUCCUAAACCAAAGUGCUUCGUUGAACAGGGCGCGUGUGCUGCGGGGAGAACAGAGAGCUUGCAGUGCCAGCGACCACCAGAGAGCACUGGGAGCAGGGGCAGCCGGUGGGCUGUGUACUUAUCCCCACAGCCUCCGCCUGCUCAUUCUUCUGCUGUAGCUGGAGAUGAGCUGGACAAGGAGACCCAGGCUCAGGGAGAUGACCUCAGUUUAAAUCUGAGAGACUUUUUGGGACAAAAAAGGAUCCAGUUGUUCGAAACAGGUGCUGAAAAUGUGGAAAAGUUUAAUGGAGACAAGCUGGUAGACAAUGCUGAUUCAUCCUGGGAUCGGGAAGUAAAAUUAGAAAUUCCUUCAUUCGGUGAAAGCUUAUCCGUUACCCGUGGCAAUUUGGGAAAGGAUGGCUUAGUGUCAGGGUCCGACAUGCAAGGAACUGUUCAAAUGCCUGUUAAUCAGGAUGACCAGGUGUGCGUAAAAAGAUCCGCUCUUCCUAGAGAAAAUGCUCAGGAGAUAGGUGCCUGUGGGACGCCAGGAAGGGCGUGUGAACAAGCAGUGUCUCACCUGCCAGCAUCUGAACGUCCACAGUUUGAAUCUUCACUGAGCGACAACUCUCAGAUCUCUGAAGCCGUCACUGACUCGUUUUCUAGGACGAAUACGGACCGUGAAAGUCUUAGUAUUCAUGGACCCGUGAGUCAUGUAACACAGCCAGUUUUGGAGGUAAAUUUUAAUCUGAACAAUUUUGAAACCAGUGACACGGAAGAGGAACCCCAGGAAAGCAACAGAAUGUCCCAGGACCCAGAGGAUUGGGAAAGGGAGGCCUUGGCUGAUGCCUGCAGUUCAGGGGUUCAGAGGCGAUGUGAGGGUGUGCGCUGUGAGGAGGGUGGCGGUCCUCUCUUAACGCCUAUUGGGGGUAAACCUACAGAGCCGUUUCCUCCCCCAGAGGCCCUGCGGCCACAGCUUUGUGGGACAGCUGCACCCACUGGGGAUGAAGCCUCGGGGUGCAGUGCCUGCACUGUAGGGUGGACCGAUGAUGUGGAUGCAGGUAAGGAAGCUGCUAAUAGCCCUACCCACAAAGUCAGAAGUGACUGUGAUUUUGCUUCACUCCCGGAUAAAUCUAAAGUCAUAAAUUCAAAUUUAUAUAUUCCUCGUUUUUUAAACAUAGACACUAAUCAGACUCCUGAAAGCAGCCUAUUUUCAGAACAGACUCCACCUCGGCCUUUUUUUAUGGGAUGUGACUUAGAUACAAAUGAUGCACAGGUUUUACCGUCCACCUCUGGCAGUGACGACAGUAUCCAGCGAUUACAUGCCAGUCAGAGUCACCUGGACGAAUGUAUUGCUCUUGAUAAAUCAACCCCCCAAGUUUCCAAUUCUUUGUUUCACCCUCUGGGAGGAAAGCAUCCUAUUUCCAGAGACACAGGAGCACAUAUUGCUGAAUCUGAAGAUUUGGGAGGGACUCCGAGUUUACCCCAUGACCGUGUUGAAGUAGAUUCCGCUGGAGCAAGCAGACAGUCCUGGGAUCGUCCUAGGGAUUCUUCAGAACUCUCUGGAUUAGUAAGCAGUAUUUCCCUUUUAAAGUCACUGUCUGAACACAGUACAGCUUUAGAAGGCUUGGAAAUGCUGAAAAAGAAAAAUCCUGCCUUUAAACAACAAGCGACCCUGGAGACGCAGCCCGAGAGCAGCCCUGAAGCUGGGAAGCCAUUGAUUACAGUAGUUUCGCCAGCCAGUCCCCAGUUUCCUCAUCUGAACCAGGAUUCUCAACUGUUCUUUCCCUUGGGAAGUGAAGAAGAGACUGUUUUUCCAGCUGUUACUCCUACACAAAGAGAGAGAACAACCUGGGACCCUCAGCCUGUUGAGUUCCAAGGGCACCAAGUGCAGGGGUCGGCGACCAGCGCUGUGAUGGUCCGAGGGCACUGCCCGCCGCUGGGCUGUAGCCAGCUCCCGGGUCACCCCGCGCACAACAGCCCCACGGCCGACGCCUGUGCUUGGGCGGCUCAGCUGCCUCGCGCUUGUGUGCAAGUUGACUUCUUGCAGGUGCCCCCGCCCGCACAGGAGGGCUCAGCACCCAGCCCCGCGGCCGCUUUCUCUCUGGGCUCACACGACGAGGCCUUCCUGCUAGAAGUCCCCGAGGGGGCCCUGCAAGCAAGACCGUCACCAGGAAUGGAAAGGUUCAGUUCCCUGGAGAACCAGCACCUUCCAAGGCUUCCUUCAUUCAGUAGAGCCCGAGUUGCACUCGUGACUGCGCCCCCAGCGGAUGCACCCCCUGACGGAGACCCUGGGCCCUGGGCCGCCGCCUGGGGCUGGCAGCCGUCUCCCGGCUCUCCCGGCUCUCCCGGCUCUCCCCUGUUCAGCCUGUGUGAGGAGCCAGCCGUUCUGCCUCCCAGCUCUGGGCCUGAGGACCAGAGUGAAACCCUUUUGUGUCAAGUGUCCAUGGAGGCGACCCCAGGGGGCGUUUCACUUCAUGGAAUGUCUGCUCAAAGCAAGUGGCUGAAAUACCGAAACACACCCCCGUGCGCCUUGCCGACUCCAAGCCAACCUGAGGCCAGUGUCAGCUACGACGGCUUCCCUGGGGCGGCCUUGGGGCUGUGUGGUGGUGACGCAGGUGAGAGACGCAGCGAUGCCGGGGACAGCUCCGCAGGCCCCACGCCUCUGCAGAGGGUGAGAGGCCAGCUCCUGCGGCAGCAGCAGGGCAUCGGCACGCGGGACUUUGUUUGUGGAAGGAAAGCGCUGUCUUUGAGGCUGGAGUCUGCAUCCAAGGCUGAGGACGCUCGGGAUGUGUGGGAAGAGUCUGCGUGUGCGACAGGCGUGCAGGAGAUAAACGUCUCUGAGCUGUGCUUCCCCAGUGGACAGGAGAGAACAUCUGCUCCUCUUCCCCGAAGGCAGACGCGCGUGCCCGCCGCCUUCCAGUCUCCCGCUCACUACAAGCAGGUCUUCACCUCCUGUCUCGUAGAGCAUCUGAAUAUCCUGCUGUGCGGGCUGGCACAGAGGCUGCGCAACGCUCUCUCUGCGGUCGACGUAUCAUUUUACACAUCGUCACUCGGAGAGGGAGGCAGCGCUGCGGGAAACAGGGUGCCGUCCUGCCGCCACCAGCGGCCCGCGAAGCUCGUCAUGGUGAAGAAGGAGGGGCCCAACAAGGGCCGUCUCUUCUACGCCUGUGACGCGCCCAGAGCGGACAGGUGUAACUUCUUUAAGUGGCUUGAAGAGGUGGCUCCGGGACACGUCACACAGGACUCUCCGCCCGCCCUGGUGUUAAGUGAUGUGAAGAGCAUCGGCUUGUACCUGAGAAGCCAGAACGUCCCCGUCUACGAGGAGUGCCAGCUCUCGGUGAGAAAAGGAUUUGAUUUUCAAAGAAAACAGUAUGGCAAACUAAAGAAGUUUACGACCGUACACCCUGAAUUGUAUCCUGAGCCUAAAAGCAAACUGUAUCUCAAGCUGAGUCGGAAGGAGAGUUCUUCGGCUUAUAGCAAAGAUGAUCUCUGGGUGGUCUCCAAAACCCUGGACUUCGAGCUGGAGCUGCUCCCUCUGAAAGGCUACUUCCCCUCCCGGUGGCCCACGGACACGGUUGUCCACGCGCUGUGGGUCUGCAAUGCCAGCACGGAGCUGACCACCCUGAAAAACAUGCAGGAGCACUUCAACCCCGCGACCCUGCCUCUGACACAGCACCUGUUGGCCAUGCCUUCGUCAGCUACAGUCAGCAGUAAGAGUGUGGAUAGGAGAAAAUUCGUCCCGCCCGCCUUCUCCAAUGCCCACACGCACUGUGAGCUGCCUGGCCCAGGAGCAGCCCUGCAGUUGGCCAGAGCCUUCAUCCAGGCCCACCAGCUGAACGAGGACCAGGCUUCUGCUCUCACCCAGAUAGCGCGCAUGGUGGCGUCGCGCGGGCCUGCCGAGGAGGGGAAGGGGCUGCCCCCCUGCCCCCUCCCCAUCACCAUCGUCCACGGAGUUUUUGGAGCAGGAAAGAGCUACUUGCUGGCGGUGGUGAUUCUGUUCCUGGUGCAGCUGUUUGAAAAGGGCGAGGCUCCCGCAGCGGGACGUGCACGGCCGUGGAAAGUGCUGGUUUCUUCGUCCACGAACGUGGCUGUGGACAGAGUCCUCCUCGGGCUCCUCAGUCUUGGAUUUGACAAGUUUGUCCGAGUUGGGAGCGUUAGGAAGAUCGCGAAGCCGGUCUUACCUUACAGCUUGCAUGCUGGCUCAGAAAAUGCCACCGAGCAACUGAAAGAACUCCAGGCACUGAUGAAAGAAGACCUGACUCCCAUGGAAAGAGUCUAUGUGAGGAGAAGCAUCGAGCAGCAUAAACUGGGGACCAACAGGACCCUCCUGGGGCAGGUCCGCGUGGUGGGCGCCACCUGCGCGGCCUGCCCGUUCCCCUGCAUGGCCGGCCUGCGGUUCCCCGUGGUGGUGCUGGACGAGAGCAGCCAGAUGACCGAGCCCGCCUCCCUCCUCCCCAUCGCCAGGUUUGAGUGUGAAAAGCUGGUUCUCGUUGGGGAUCCCAAGCAGCUUCCCCCCACAAUCCAGGGAUCGGAUGCGGCUCAUGAAAACGGGUUGGAGCAAACUCUGUUCGAUCGACUCUGCUUACUGGGUCACAAGCCAGUUCUGCUGAGAACCCAGUACCGCUGUCACCCGGCCAUCGCCGCUGUGGCCAACAACCUGUUUUACGGAGGUGGCCUGAGGAACGGCGUCUCGGAGGCCGAGAGGGGCCCGCUGCUCGCCUGGCUGCCCACCCUGUGCUUCUACAAUGUCCCGGGGCAGGAGCAGAUGGAAGGAGGUAACAGCUUUCAUAAUGAGGCGGAAGCCGCUUUCACCCUGAUGCUGAUUCGAUCUCUGGUUGCAGGUGGAAUCCCAGGCUCCAUGAUCGGGGUGAUAACGCUGUACAAGGCCCAGCUGGGCAAGCUGUGCCACCUGCUCGGGGCCGUGGACCUGGACCGCCCGCAGCUCGCAGCCGUGCAGGUGUCCACCGUGGAUGCCUUCCAGGGGGCCGAGAAGGAGGUGGUCGUGCUGUCCUGCGUGCGCACCAGGCAGGUGGGCUUCAUCGACUCAGAGCAGCGCGUGAACGUGGCCCUGACCCGCGGGAGGCGGCACCUGCUGAUCGUGGGGCACCUGGCCUGUCUGAGGAGGAGCCGCCUGUGGGGCCGCGUGAUCCAGCACUGCCAAGGCAGGGAGGACGGGCUGCAGCAGGCCAGCCAGUGCGAGCCGCGGCUGCGGCGGCUCCUGGAGGAGCACGCGGAGAAACUCGCGGGAGAAAAGCAGAAGAAAGCCAGUGGGAGAGACGGACGUGAAGAAGCGUCUCCUUGGCCAGGGAACGGGCCUGUGUAGGGCCUCAGUGUCAGGGGCGCCGCCCGCCUCGCGCUCACGCGCCUUGUUUUUACUCCCCCAAACCUGUUCUCACAGAAGACUCAGGCUAUUGAAGGCACAUCAGACAGAUGCACAGAAAUACUCUUCAAAAGUAUACGUUACUUAUGCUAAGAUAAGAUGCUGAAGGU